UUAACCGGUCUGGCAUUUUUUUCCCAUCAAGAGUGGAAGAGCGCAUAUCAGAGAAGACAAAAAAUGGCUAUGGCGAGUUUAGCCAGGCGAAGAGCGAGCAGCCUCCUUCUCCGGUCGGCGGAGCUUGGUCGAUUUUCUGCGGCAUGGAGAGGAUUUGCGGCAGCGGCGGAGGAGAACGAUGUGGUGGUGAUCGGCGGCGGUCCAGGGGGGUACGUGGCUGCUAUCAAGGCUGCGCAGCUAGGGCUUAAGACUACAUGCAUCGAAAAGAGGGGAUCCCUUGGCGGUACCUGCCUUAAUGUCGGCUGCAUCCCUUCUAAGGUAAGUACCUUACUUUCCUCUUAUAUUGGCUUAUUAGGUUUGAAAGGCAAUUUUGAAGCCCCUCUUAGAGUGAUAGGAGUGCGUCUUGGAUCCGAAGUGACUGUUGUUGAGUUUGCACCAGAGAUUGUACCCACCAUGGAUGCCGAGAUACGAAAGCAAUUCCAACGCAUGCUUGAGAAGCAGAAGAUGAAAUUCCUUCUCAAAACAAAAGUUGUAGGGGUUGACACAUCUGGAGAUGGUGUCAAGCUCACACUUGAAACUGCGGAUGGUGGCAAGCAAAGCACACUUGAAGCAGAUGUAGUUCUAGUUUCUGCUGGUAGAAUCCCUUUUACAGAAGGACUCGGCCUAGAACGGAUUGGCAUUCAGACAGACAAGGCUGGAAGGAUCACUGUUGAUAAAAAGUUCACAACUAGUGUUCCUGGAGUUUUCGCCAUUGGGGACGUGAUACCAGGGCCCAUGCUCGCUCAUAAGGCUGAAGAAGAUGGCGUUGCAUGUGUGGAAUUCAUUGCUGGAAAACAAGGCCAUGUUGAUUAUGACUUGGUGCCUGGAGUUGUGUACACUCAUCCAGAGGUGGCUUCUGUAGGUAAAACUGAGGACCAGGUGAAGGCCACCGGAGUUGAUUACCGUGUGGGCAAGUUCCCGUUUUUGGCAAACAGCAGGGCAAAGGCUAUUGAUGAUGCUGAGGGUAUUGUAAAGAUAAUAGCCGAGAAGGAAACCGACAAGAUUCUUGGCGUGCACAUAAUGGCACCAAAUGCUGGGGAACUUAUCCACGAGGCAGUGCUCGCAUUGCAUUACGGAGCUUCAAGCGAAGACAUCGCUCGCACAUGCCAUGCCCAUCCGACAAUGAGCGAGGCAUUGAAGGAGGCGGCCAUGGCUACUUAUGACAGGCCCAUUCAUAUCUAAUGUGUGAGUCUGUUUAUUUCUUUAUCUUGCAAUUGUGUUGAAAUAAUUCUGGGAUUAAGUAACAGGAGACCUCAUUUAAAGUUAUCAUUUCUCUUGCAAUAUUCAUUCGAGAAUGAAAUUUUGUUGGAUCUUUCUCUUCUGC